UAUUAGUGUGACCUUAAGCAUUAUUAUUUUCACGUGUGGCACGCAAACGAGCCAAAAAACCAAGCGCCUAUUUAAACAAACAAAUCACACGCCCAGCAGAGAGAGCAGCCGGUGACCACCGGUAACGGGAGUAGCUGCAGUUAAUCCGACAGGCCCAACAAAUUCGCCCGCUAAUUGGCGGCGUUUCUCUAGUCGGAACAACAAGAAGAAGAAGCACGUGUGCGGCGUGCCAAAGAAAAAAGGAAAAUAAACAAGGAGGCCAGGCCAAGGAGCAUAAGCAGAAUCCGCAUCCGGAGGACAUGGUGCCCAUCGGAGCCGUGCACGGCGGCCAUCCCGGCGUAGUGCAUCCGCCACAGCAACCACUGCCCACGGCGCCCAGCGGCCCAAACUCGCUGCAGCCGAACUCGGUGGGCCAGCCGGGGGCCACCACCUCCUCGAACAGCAGCGCCUCCAACAAGAGCUCGCUAUCCGUCAAGCCCAACUACACGCUCAAGUUCACGCUGGCCGGGCACACCAAGGCGGUGUCGGCGGUCAAGUUCAGUCCGAAUGGCGAGUGGCUGGCCAGCUCCUCCGCUGAUAAACUAAUCAAAAUCUGGGGAGCAUACGAUGGCAAGUUCGAGAAGACCAUUUCGGGCCACAAGCUGGGCAUCAGCGAUGUGGCCUGGAGCUCAGACUCGCGACUCCUCGUGAGCGGCAGUGAUGACAAGACGCUCAAGGUCUGGGAGCUGAGCACCGGGAAGAGCUUGAAAACUCUGAAGGGCCACAGCAACUAUGUGUUCUGCUGCAACUUUAAUCCGCAGUCCAAUCUGAUCGUCUCCGGCAGCUUCGACGAGAGCGUUCGCAUAUGGGAUGUGCGCACCGGCAAGUGUCUGAAGACUCUACCCGCCCAUUCCGAUCCCGUUUCGGCGGUACAUUUCAAUCGCGACGGAUCGCUGAUCGUGAGCAGCAGCUACGACGGCCUCUGUCGCAUAUGGGACACGGCCAGUGGACAGUGCUUGAAAACCCUGAUCGACGACGACAAUCCGCCCGUCAGCUUUGUAAAGUUCUCGCCCAAUGGCAAGUACAUUUUGGCCGCCACGCUGGAUAAUACGCUCAAGUUGUGGGACUACUCGAAGGGCAAGUGCCUGAAGACGUAUACGGGUCACAAGAAUGAGAAGUACUGCAUAUUCGCCAACUUCUCGGUGACGGGAGGAAAGUGGAUCGUGAGUGGCAGCGAGGACAACAUGGUCUACAUUUGGAAUCUGCAGAGCAAGGAGGUGGUGCAAAAGCUGCAGGGACACACCGAUACCGUUCUGUGCACCGCCUGCCAUCCCACGGAGAACAUCAUUGCUUCCGCGGCGCUCGAGAACGACAAGACCAUCAAGCUGUGGAAGUCGGAUACAUAGAGUGGCUGGUAUCCAGCUGGAGGACGUUCGAUCGGAACACACACAUACAUUUCUUGGAUAAUAUUAUUUUAAAGCGAACAGCCUAAUCGUAAUUGUAACACCCCCACACCCCCCCACCACGAGCCCCCUUUUUUUUUUGUACGCAUAAUUUAAAAAAGAAAAGGAACUCUAAAAUUCUACGUUUAAAUCACACUUUAAACCUCACAUUCUACGGCAAAACGGAAAAAUUACAAACAAACAAACAAAAACAAAAAAAAAAAACAACAAAAAGUGAAAACAAAAAAAACGAUUAAUGUAUAAAUAUUUAUUAGCCUAUUGUAUUGGCCCACCAUGCAAGCGAGAAUAUUCCCCCAAAAUUGUUUGUAACCUUUGACACAGCCACGCAAACCAACAUAACUUAUAAUGAUCUUUCGGUGACGAGAAAACUAAAUUUAAGCGUAAAAGAUACAACAGGUGCUCGGGGCAGAAUCCCAGCGCCAGAAAGAAUAUAUAUAAAAUACGAAAUGUAAAUUUUGAAUAAAAGAAAACACCGUCUCGGCGGCGCCCAAGUGUCCUUUCAACUUGCGCGCUUUUCGAGGCGAGACACUU